UUGUGAAGGAACCACGUCGUGGACCUUCCUAUAAAAAUGAUCUUUUAUCUCAACCAUGCUGAAUCGAUCUUUUCCAUUAGACAUCUAGCUUCCAAUUCCUCUGAGAAGAAGAAGAAGAAGAGAUGAUGAAGAGGAAGCAUCUAUCCACCAUUGCCAACGACGUUCUUCAAAAAUGUUCACAGAUUCUAGACAUCUCUGUAGAUGGCCUUGUGGAAGAUUUUGAGGCAGGGUGGAAGGCUGAAGGACAUGGUUAUUCCAGGAAACUGGUGGAGUUCUGCAGCUCAAAGGCUCUUAGUAACAUCUGUUGUAACAUAGAAGAUAAAAUUGCCGAUGGGUCAUUUAGCCGAAUCACCUUUGAUAUGAUGCUUGCUUGGGAGAGACCCAGCUUAGAAGAUGAAGAGUCAUAUUCGGAGAGUGUGGCUAAGCAGAAAGAAGAGAAUAAUAUACCUCCAAAAGGACGUGAAGAACAUGAUGAUAUCCCUCUUUUCUACUCUGACAUCAUGCCACUACUUGUUAGUGAAGAUCCAAGCAUUGGGGAAGAUGCUUUUGUGUGGAUGGGAUCCUUGGCUCCUUUACCUGCAGACAUUGUGAAUGGCCAAUUCACUUUUGAAGCAUUAACAGCAACAACUGCCAACCGGCUUCACUUCCCUGCUUAUGACAGAUAUAUUAAAGAAAUUGACAAAUGCAUCAAGUACUUGCAAAAACAAGCAACACCAACUGGCAUGGAGUUUGCAGAUGAUGAAUUUGUAUUGCACAUGGAGGGAACUGCAGGAUCACAGAGGGUUGUGCGCCACAUUGGAGGAACAAGUUGGCCUGGUAGACUCAUACUAACGAAUUACGCUCUUUAUUUUGAGGCAUCGGGAGUAAUAUCAUAUGAGGAUGCAAUUAAAAUUGACCUUUCGAAGAAUGCUGAUCACAGUGUGCAACCCUCUUCCACUGGCCCUUGGGGAGCUCCAAUUUUUGACAAGGCCAUAAUUUAUGAAUCAUCCCAACUAUCAGAGGCUGUAGUGCUCGAAUUCCCAGAGAUGACAAGCUCCACACGACGUGAUCAUUGGCUUGCUUUAAUAAAGGAAGUAAUCUUGCUGCACCAGUUCUUGUUAAAAUUCAAGGUUGAAUCCACAAUACAGGCAUGGGAGAUGCAUGCAAGAACAAUACUAGGGAUUGUUAGGCUCCAUGCAGCUAGAGAGAUGCUAAGAAUUUUUCCCCCAGUUCCCACCAACUUUUUAAUCUUUGCCUUGUUUGAGGAGUUGCCUAAGGGGGACUACGUGUUGGAAGAGGUUGCCAAUGGUUUGAAGCAGGUUAGUAGCAUUAACCCAUGCAGUGCAGGCUCUAUCCUCUGUAGUUUAAACAUGUCCCACCCAAGUAUGUCAAACAUAAGAGUAAAUGAAGAGAUUGAGGAAAGUAUAGCAGGUGGCCAAGCUGACAAUCUCUUAUCAUUGGAGACUAAGAUUAAUAAAGUAAGGGAGGAAGCAAAGGAGGUUGGUAUUGCCAAGGCAACUGUUGAUGGAUUGAAAGAGGAAGGGAUUAGCGAUAACAUCCUUGUUCUAAUGGAGCUAAUAAGUCCAUUUAAGACUGUGUUACCAUGGUGUCAAAGAGUCAUUUCGUGGGAGAAGCCUUCAUUCACCGUUUUUGUACUUUCCAUGACUGUUAUAAUCAUCUACAAGGAGUGGAUAGGCAAAAUGCUGGCAGUAUUCUUAGUGUGGGCAGUCGGAAAAAUUCUCAAGGCAAGACAUGAUAGGACAGGGGAGAAAUUUACUGAGGUCAUUGUCUCCAAUUCUUCUGAUCAGACAACCGUGGAGAGCAUUGUAUCUGCACAACAUCAAUUGUUAAGUGUCUAUUCAAUGCUACAAACUGCAAAUAUCACAAUAUUGAAAAUUCAGUCCAUAUUGCUUUCAAAAGCACCUAAGCACACAGAUCAGGUAAUGGUAGUGAUGAUUGGAUUGGCAAUGUUGUUAGCAGUAAUCCCGUUCAAGUUUGUCAUCAUAGCCACCACAUUGUAUUACUUUGUGAUGUCUUCAGAGAUUGGGAAAUAUAUGGAAAAUGAGCAUAGCAACAGACGAAUGAGGGAGUGGUGGAACUCAGUUCCAAUUGUUCCCGUUCGAGUUGUAGAGAAAACUCCAUAAUCUGUUUGAAGUACUACUGUCUUGUUUGGUCGUCUUUUCCGACGGCUUCUGCUUGGUUACAAUAUAAUAUGGGACAAUGUGGACGACAGAGUGCUGAUGGAUGUACUAUAUAUACUUCCUUAGACUGUUCUAAAGAAUAUAUCAGAAAGCUUUGCAUGCAAGAAGCAAGAAUAUACCUGGUCAUGAAGUAAUUUUAUAUUGGUUUACACCAUGUUUUGUCCUGCUUAUUCAAUUGUUCUUCCUGGAUUUACAGUACUUUUCUGGACUGCGAAUUUGGU